UGGGCAGCACCCUGCGGAAGAGCCAGGCGGUGCGGCAGGCGCCCGGCGGCGCGUCCCCGGAGCGGCGGCGCCCGGCAGGUUCUUCUUGGAUGGAAAGGUGGUGGAUUGCAGCCCUCCAAACACACUGCUGACCUAUCUUGAGUGGAAGAGGAUUGGAGGAUGUUGUUGAGUCAGUCCCCAGAUGUUCAUUGGAAAAUUAAGCUGAAAGGAAAUUCUAGGUAAAUCAGUGGAGACUUUUGCCUUGAAGCACCACUUCUAGACCUCCAGAGUGAGUAGUUGAAGGGCAAGUGCUUUCCAUGGAUGCCCAUGUCCUGCCUCUGCAGCUGGUGGGAUCCCUGGAUUGUUUUUGCAGCGGGGAGCCCCAAAGCUGCGAGAAGGGCAGCGCGAAGCAGCGCCAGAAACUUCCCAGCCAGUUGUUUCUGUACGGGAGAAGCAAAUAGGAGAUCAUGAGAGAACUUUAAAGGCACAUAAGGAAGAAGACAACCCUCAGAAAACAAUGGAAGUGAACGGGCUUACGCCGGUGCCGGAUUCCUAUGACUAUGAUCUCAUUGUCAUUGGUGGAGGCUCAGGAGGUCUUGCAGCUGCCAAGGAGGCUGCCAAAUAUGGAAAGAAAGUGAUGGUGCUGGACUUUGUCACGCCUACGCCUCAGGGAAGCUCAUGGGGUCUUGGAGGAACAUGUGUAAAUGUGGGCUGUAUACCCAAAAAAUUGAUGCACCAGGCAGCUUUACUGGGACAAGCCUUGCAAGAUUCACGCAAAUUUGGGUGGGAGUUUACAGAAGAAGUCAAACACAACUGGAUGACCAUGACAGAGUCUGUUCAGAAUUACAUUGGUUCACUGAACUGGGGCUAUCGGGUUGCUCUGAGAGACACAAAGGUCACGUAUGAGAAUGCAUAUGGAGAAUUUGUUGGGCCACACACAAUUAAGGCAACAAACAAAAAGGGAAUUGAGAAGCUGUACACAGCUGAGAGAUUUAUCAUUGCCACUGGUGAGCGACCACGCUACCUGAGUAUACCGGGAGACAAAGAAUAUUGCAUUAGCAGUGAUGACCUUUUCUCUCUGCCUUACUGUCCAGGGAAAACCCUGGUGGUUGGAGCUUCUUAUGUUGCCUUGGAGUGUGCAGGAUUUCUUGCAGGACUUGGAUUAGAUGUCACUGUAAUGGUGAGAUCCAUCCUCUUAAGAGGAUUUGACCAGGACAUGGCAAACAAAAUUGGUGAAUAUAUGAAAGAACAUGGAAUCAACUUUAUUCGGCAAUUUGUGCCAAUCAAGAUUGAACAGGUUGAGGAAGGAACUCCUGGAAUCCUGAAAGUUACAGCCAAGUCCACAACAGGGGACCAAGUAAUGGAAGGGGAAUACAAUACUGUGUUGCUGGCAAUUGGACGAGAUCCAUGCACAAGAAAAAUUGGUUUGGACAAAGUCGGAGUGCGUAUCAAUGAAAAAACGGGAAAAAUUCCUGUCAAUGAUGAGGAGCAGACAAACGUGCCAUAUAUCUAUGCUAUUGGAGAUAUCCUGCAGGACAAGCUGGAACUCACACCAGUGGCAAUCCAGGCAGGAAGGUUGUUAGUUCGGAGGCUUUAUGCUGGGGCAACCACUAAGUGUGACUAUGUGAAUGUUCCAACUACUGUAUUUACUCCUUUGGAGUAUGGAGCCUGUGGGUACUCUGAAGAGACCGCAGUGGAGAAAUUUGGGGAGGAAAACAUUGAGGUAUACCAUAGUCAUUUCUGGCCACUGGAGUGGACUGUGCCAUCCAGAGAUAACAACAAAUGCUAUGCAAAGAUAAUUUGCAAUAUUCAAGAUAAUGAGAGAGUAAUUGGUUUCCAUGUCCUUGGUCCACAUGCUGGAGAAGUCACCCAAGGGUUUGCAGCUGCUAUUAAAUGUGGGUUGACAAAAGAACAGCUGGACAACACCAUAGGAAUUCAUCCUGUCUGUGCAGAGGUAUUCACCACCCUGUCUGUGACUAAGCGUUCUGGUGGAAACACAACUGUGAGUGGAUGCUGAGGUUAAAUUUCCCCAUUCUUGCUAUUGCCAGAGACUGACUUCCAUCACAGUGUCUGACUCCUGCAAUUCAGAACGAAGGUUUUGGGGGAAAUGGCCCUUGGACACCUGCAGAAAUGUGUAGAGCUUAACCUGGACAUUCCAUCAUCCUAAGGAGAAGAGCUCUGUGGGAGUUGGUUACUUUGUGGUGCCUGGCUGGCAAUUAGCAAUGCAAUGGGAAUCUUGACUGUUGAGCUGGUGAUUAGCAGAGCAUUUAAUGAAUGCUUUCAUGAAGUCAUAGCCUGAAGCCUGCAUUGUCUGGUGGGCAGUGAUGGAAGAACUGCUAGCACAGCUGGACAACAGCUGUUUUGGUUUGGCUUUAUUCCUCUCUAGUUUCUUUCCUGAGCAUUCCUUUCUAGUUCUUUCUAGAACAAAGAACUUCCCAACUUGGAAAAAUCCCCUCCAAGUUCAGGUAAUUGUAAUUGAGAUAAAACAGCUCCUUUUGUGUCUGGGUCAUGACACAGCAAAUGGAAGGUCUCCUCAUGAGCAUGCACUUUUCCAGCUCACAUGCCUAUGGAGUUCUACUUGUUGGAUCAUGAGGAAGAAAAUAUUCUUGGGAAAAAGUUUAGUGCCACCUAAAAUAACAUACUUCUUGCCUUCCAAACUGGCUCCAUUGUGACUUUUUAUUUAGAAAGCCUUAUACAUGAAAACAUUAUUCCCAGUGAGAAAGGAAAAUAAUUUAUUAAGACCUUUUGAUACAGACAGUUGUGUUUCUUCCCUGAAAUCAUGCAUAUAACGCAGAUGUGAUGCACAGAUGUGAGCUCUCCUUGAAGCUUAUGUGAUUAUAAUGAAUCUGAUUUGGAGCUGACAGAAUUCCAGUGUUGAAUGAAUUGUACUUCCAAGAACUUUGUGCAGCUUCAUUAAAUUUGAGUAAAUUUCUUUCUUUCCAGGUGACCUAUCAUAAGCUGCACUGUUUCAGGUCUAAACUGGCCACUUUGAACACAAAAGUAUUGAGAUUUCCUGGAGAUUAGUGAGCCCUUAGAAUUGAAAAAAAUACACAACCAAACAACAACCCCUCAAAACCACCAAACAAACAAACCCUCCAGCCAAACUCCAAAAACCAAUAGUGAAAAAUCUGUUGUGUAGAUAGGGUCUAAAAGUUCUAUUUAGUUCCAUGUGUGCUAUGUUUUAUAUUUAAUUAAGAAAACAAUACUUUUAAAACAGAGGUUUUAAUGAAAUACCAGAUUCUUCCCUCCUGUGUUGGAUAAGCUGCAUAUUUAUUUGUCAAGAAAUGGCAAAAAUGUCUCUUUGUAAUGGAAAUGAAUAUGUUUUUUGAUCUGUUUUUCCAUUUCCCUCUCUUUUAGCAGAAAUGUUUGGAUUACUUUUAUUAAAUGGUUCUUGGGAGUUCGGUAGUGCGGUGUGAACAGGGGGUGAAUUCCCCCGCCCUGUGGGCAGAAUGCCUUAUGCCUAAAUUUCUACCUGGUAACAAAUUCUGGUUUUUCUACUGAUAUUUCUAAAAUAGUGUUGUGAGUUAUUUUUAUAAACCCAUAACUGAAGGAUUUUUAAACGUGUUUUGUAUGGUAUGGUAACUAGAAUGGUCUGUGAUGGUAUUUUUCUGGCCAGUUUAAUAAAUAAACCGAUUUGCACAAGCA